AUGCAGGCGUUGAAAAAGAGGAAGCUGGCUCACGCAGCUCGGCCAGAUUCUACCAAAAGCAAUCCCGAAACAUCAGGCUCCAAGUCUGUGGAGCAAUCGCAGGAUCAAUUGACCUCUGAAGCCGGUGAACAGGGUGCCAAAAACCCACAAGAAGAGACUGCCACAAAGUCAUUCAAGGAUUUGGGGGUUAUAGACUCUCUAUGUGAGGCUUGUGAGGCUUUAGGCUAUAAGACACCCACUCCAAUUCAAACAGAAGCAAUCCCUCUUGCCCUGCAAGGCCGGGAUCUGAUCGGGUUGGCGGAGACAGGAAGCGGGAAGACAGCCGCAUUUGCCUUACCUAUUCUACAAGCUCUAAUGGAUAAACCACAAUCCCUAUUCGGCCUCGUACUCGCCCCAACUCGAGAGCUGGCAUACCAAAUAUCCGAAGCCUUCGAAGCUCUAGGAUCCCUUAUCUCAGUCCGCUGCGCCGUCAUAGUUGGCGGAAUGGACAUGGUCCCGCAAGCAAUCGCCCUCGGAAAGAAACCUCACAUCAUCGUCGCAACACCGGGCCGCCUCCUCGACCACCUCGAGAACACAAAAGGCUUCUCCCUCCGCAACCUCAAAUACCUUGUCAUGGACGAAGCUGACCGUCUCCUCGACCUUGACUUCGGCCCCAUCCUCGACAAGAUCCUCAAAGUCCUCCCCCGUGAACGCCGCACAUAUCUUUUCUCCGCAACAAUGAGCUCAAAAGUCGAAUCCCUCCAGCGCGCCUCCCUCUCCAAUCCGCUCCGCGUCUCCAUCUCCAGCAGCAAAUACCAAACAGUCUCCACCUUACUCCAAACUUUCCUCUUCAUCCCCCAUAAAUACAAAGACAUCUACCUCGUGUACCUCCUCAACGAGUUCGCCGGCCAGUCCGCUAUCAUCUUCACACGCACAGUCAACGAAACCCAACGCCUCGCCAUCUUGCUCCGCGCUCUGGGCUUCGGCGCGAUCCCGCUCCACGGCCAGCUCUCCCAGUCCUACCGACUAGGCGCACUAGGUAAAUUCCGCUCGCGCAGCCGCGACAUCCUCGUCGCCACCGAUGUUGCGGCACGGGGUCUCGACAUCCCCUCCGUCGACGUGGUGCUCAAUUUCGACCUCCCGCCAGACAGCAAGACAUACAUCCAUCGUGUAGGCCGGACCGCACGAGCUGGAAAGAGUGGGCAUGCGUUUAGUUUUGUGACACAGUAUGACCUGGAGGUCUGGCUGCGGAUUGAGAAUGCGCUGGAUAAGAAGUUGGAGGAGUAUAAGGUUGAGAAAGAGGAGGUGAUGGUGCUGAGUGAUAGGGUUGGUGAGGCGCAGAGGCAUGCCAUAACGGAGAUGAAGAACUUGCAUGAGAAUAGGGGUACUAAGGGGGCUACAUUGAGGGGCAGGAGGCCAGCGAAGGCAUCGAAACGGGGGAGGGAUGAGAUGGAUCGUGAGGAGGGGUAG